UGUCACCUGCUACUUUUCUCCAUGAGAGCCGUGACGCAUGUGGCGCUGUGCAUGCUCUGCGGGCUGCUGGGAUAUCAAAUCCGACAGGUCAGCACGAUGCGGAAGGGCGGCUGUCGGAUUCCCCGCAGCUGGUUAUGGUUUGGCAACUGGUCAACGCAGGAGCCGCCGUCCAAGCUGCCUCGCCGGACUGAUGCUAAAAGCUUCCUUAGACCCGUGGCGAGUGCAGAGGUGUCGCACCAGUUGCCGAAGCUGUUUCACUGUGACCCUUUGGAACACGUGAUCGCCAUCAAUCUGGAAGACGACCGUGGCCUUGGAAGGAGAGGCCAUAUGAUUGAGGAAUUCAAGCGAGUAGGGAUCAAGAACUACAACUUCUUUCCUGCAGUCGACUUUAAGAAUGACGCACAGCUAAAAAGAGAAGAGGCCCUUCUGGGUGGAGACAUGUGCAAAAAUCCCGCACGCUGUCACAACACCUUGGGCUGCGCCAUGAGCCAUCGACGAGUCUACGAGAAGAUCUUGGCCGAGCGAUGGCCCUGCGCCAUGAUCUUUGAAGACGACGCUGGCUUGGCUGACAACUUUUCGGCUCGCGUUGCAGAGAUGGCGUCUGGAGGAAUGCCACCCUUCGACAUUGUUCUGAUGGGCUGGUGCUGGAGUGCCAAAUCCAAGAUAACGCCACCUGAUGACAUGAAAAGCACCCCUGAGUUGCGAAUUGGAUGGCCGGGCAUGUGCAUUCACGCCUACAUCAUGAGCAUCCAUGGCGCCCUGAUGUUUGCCCAAGCCAAUACGCCGAUCCGCAUCACCCCCGAUGCCGUCAUGGAUGGAUCGCAUCACCAUCUGAACCGCACGCGAACGCACAUCAGCCGAGCAGGCGGUCAGUACACCGGUUCCUACUGGUAUACUGAACCGCGAUUGUCCUGGCAGGACGCAAACGCCGACCUACUGGGUGGUGGUGUGUGAAAAA